AUGACUAUUACCACCUUCAUCAUCAUUACUGGUGUCACUAUCAUCAUCACCACCACCUUCACUCUCAUCACCAACAUAGCUACCAUCACUCUCAGUGUCAUUACCCCCAUCACCAAAACCACCUCCUCUCAGGAACUCUGCAGCCUCUGCCUCAGGAAACCCCUGGCACAGGUGUACCUGAUGAUCGGAGACGGAAGGACAGGUAGCUCGGUGGCCCCAUCACGAAAGUCCCUUCUGCAGUCUCUGAGGGGUGCGAAGCGGGGAGAAUCCGGCUGGGCUGACAGAGACGCCACACCGCGCCCGGGGAGCGGGUUGGCGGGCGGGGGCGGGGCGCUGGCCGCCGUGCGUGCGCCUUCCGACGCGGGCCGAGCGCGAGGGUGGCUGCGCGCGCCUCGCCUGCGCCCCUGCGCUCGGCGCUGUUCCCCGCGCGUCCUGGGAGGACUGCGGGGCGCCGCCGAGUACCAGCCUCACCGCACAGGAGUGGCCGUGUGCGAAGUAGUCCCUCGCGCCUGCUUUGCUAACUUCUGGGGUUUCCACGUGAGGUCUCCCUCUCUUUCCUUGGGCUCUGAGGCUCGCUCUCGAAGCCACGCCCCGUCCCGCCUUCCCGGGGAGGGCGCGCCCCCGCCCUCCACGCUGGUGCAGGGCCCCCAGGGGAAGCCGGGCCGCACCGGCAAGCCGGGCCCCCCUGGACCUCCAGGGGACCCGGGUCCUCCGGGCCCAGUGGGGCCCCCAGGGGAGAAGGGUGAGACCGGCAAGCCAGGGCCCCCCGGGCUGCCAGGCGCGGGAGGCAGCGGUGCCAUCAGCACGGCCACCUACACCACGGUGCCGCGCGUGGCUUUCUACGCCGGCCUCAAGAACCCCCACGAGGGUUACGAGGUGCUUAAGUUCGACGACGUGGUCACCAACCUAGGCAACAAUUACGACGCGGCCAGCGGCAAGUUUACGUGCAACAUUCCUGGCACCUACUUUUUCACCUACCAUGUCCUCAUGCGCGGCGGCGACGGCACCAGUAUGUGGGCGGACCUCUGCAAGAACGGCCAGGUGCGGGCCAGUGCCAUUGCCCAGGAUGCUGACCAGAACUACGAUUACGCCAGCAACAGCGUGAUCCUGCACCUGGACGCAGGUGACGAGGUCUUCAUCAAGCUCGACGGAGGCAAAGCCCAUGGUGGCAACAGCAACAAAUACAGCACGUUCUCUGGCUUCAUCAUCUACUCCGACUGA